GAGAAAUUGAAUGCAUUUGUGUUGUCGAGUGGACUGACUGUAUGGAUAGACAACAGUAUUAAUUAAGUGUAGAAUCAAGUGAUUGAAUGAAUGUUUUCAUAUAAAUUGCAUUAAUUUUGAAUGCAAUCCAAGAGUUGAGGCGACAAUCCAUUCAUACAGUGAUUGUACGCUAACAUCGAUGUCGUGUUCACUCAUUCACUACAAACAGUCACUGAAUUGAAGCGAAGAUCACAUAAGAAGAGCUUAACUGAUCUCAAGAGACAUCCCAUCGUUGGUAAUAACGUGGAAGAAGUCAUCAAAUUAUCGCAAAAAUGUUAUAUCUAUUGCUGAAGACCUCGACGACGACUGCGAGUCCUUUGCAGUCACUCUCGAGGAAUACUAAACUUCUUUUGAACCAAACAUUCAAUCGUUGGUCUCAUAAGGAGUCAAACCCGAAGAAUGCGCCAAAAGCUGAACCAUCAGUCAAAUUGGGAUCCAUUGCCUACAAGAACCUGACAAUAGGUGUUCCCAAAGAGUUGUGGACCAAUGAGCGAAGGGUUGCCUUAUCUCCGGCGGCCAUCGCUUUGUUGACCAAAAAGGGAAUUACAGUCAAAGUGGAGACAAACGCCGGAACUGAAGCCAAGUUCUUGAACUCCGACUACGAGUCGGUCGGCGCUAAGAUUGUGGACCGAAAGUCGGUCUUCGAGUCGGAUGUAGUGCUGAAAGUGCGACAACCGAUCGCCGAAGAGUUGACAUCCUUUCGUAAUAACUCGACAUUAAUUAGUUUCCUAUUCCCGGCUCAGAAUAAGGCACUUAUCGAUCAAUUGUCUGCUAAACAGAUGAAUGUCUUUGCUAUGGAUUGUGUUCCCAGGAUUUCUAGGGCUCAGGUGUUUGACGCCCUCUCAUCUAUGGCUAAUAUCGCCGGAUACAAAGCCGUUGUGGAGGCGGCCAACCAUUUCGGCCGAUUUUUUACGGGUCAGAUCACAGCUUGA